GGGAGAUUUAAACUCGCUGGAGCCGCUUUGCUGUCUCUGCUGCAGUCGAUGCAUUCUGGAGGUUUGGGGGCGGACGGCUGGGCUCCCAUGGCCAGCAGACCUUCAACCCAGACCUUCUCUCUUGGAGUAAAGAUGGUGAGUGUGGGUGUGGGUCCAAGUACAGGUUGGAAGCAAAGGGAAUCCAGCUCAAGAUCCAGGUCUGAUGUGGAGACAGAUGAAUCUGUUUUGCAAAGGAGGCAGAAGCAAAUAGACUAUGGGAAAAACACCAUUGGAUACCAGUGCUUUGUCCAGCAGGUUCCCAAGGCUGUUCGGCAGGCAGGUGUUCAUCCACGCACUCCAAAUAAAUAUAAGAAGUAUAGUCGCCGCUCAUGGGACAUGCAGAUCAAGCUGUGGCGACGGGCACUUCAUGGCUGGGAUCCACCUGGACUUGAGAGGGAAGUACUUGUUAGUUCUUCUGGGUUCUUUCUGAUUUUGAGCAGAGUAGUCUGAAAUGAAAAUAAGGUUCAUACAGCCACAUAACAAGUACACUUUCCCCACCCAAACAUUUGACUUGCCAAUGGGAUUUAUCAAUUGACAGGCUUAUUAUAUUUCAUGUCAGGGCCAUUUUAGGAAGAACUUCUUGUAUAGUGCAGAAUUCAUUGCUGGCAGCCUGGUGACCCAUUUAUAAAGUAAUCCUCACACACUAUUCAGGAACUGCAGGCCUAGUCUAUAUAUGCACUCUCCCUGGUAUUCUUUAUCACCAUGGAGACAGAGUUAAUUGUCAACAGAGCUGUCCUGUUCCUCAGUGAUAGCAAAUGGUUCUUGCGCCCAUCAGAGAUGGGAGUAUUUUGUACUACGUUCUGUAAAUACCCAAGGUGUAGUGAUCAUAUGUAAAGGGAAAGGAGGACAAAAUUACAGGUGUGCCAUUCAGGUGAGGAAAAUAUAAAUGAUCUUCACUUAUUUCCAUUGUCGCCUUUGGCAACUUGUAGGAGUUUGCGGUAAGAAGUGUUCAGUCUUUACGAUCUGGAUAUGAUCACUAAAAGGGGGAAAGCCCUACACCUCUUUUCCAAGACAGGUGUUGGGUAAGGAAAGAGCUUUUCUUGCUUUUAUUUUUGGUCAGAGUGGGCAAACCACCUUUUCUGUCCCCCUGACAAUGGUUACAUUUCUUUAGAGGUAAUCUUUCAGGGCCAGUUGAAAGUGGACUCAAAAGUGAACAAAUUGCCCCCUUUUCCUUUUUCGCCUUCUCUCUCCCUCGCCAGUAAGCCAUUGGAUUGGGAGCAGAUCACUUUGGCCAGACAUCUGAACUACUUGUUGAGACCUUUUGAAUUUAGGUUAGCUGUCACCGGUUGCCCAACCCUGCCCUAUAAUCUAAGCCUAAGGCAAUGUUUCCCAAACUUUGCUCCUCCAGAUGUUUUGGAUUUCAACUCCUGGAAGACCGAACCACCUUGGCCAGCAAUCUAGAAUUCUGGGAGUUGAAGUCUAACACACCUGAAGGACCAAAGUUUGGGAACCACUGGUCUAAGGCAUUUAUUACUAUUGAUGCCUGGCUUAAUGUGAAUGAAGCCAUUCUUUGUUUGCAAGGCAGGAGCUGGUGACCAAACUGAAUCCCCCAUCUCAUUCCUCAAACGAAUGCUUUGGCGCUCAAAGGAAUCUGGAAAACACAUGUAAAGAAACCUUGGAAGGACAGAUAAUGUGAAGAAUACGGCAAGGAGCAACAGGUCUCAAGUUACUCAAGGAUCCAGAAGGCAAAAACUGAGGGGCCUUGAAUAUGACAUGGAAUAUGGCUAGUCUGUGAUGAAGACAACAAUUUAGCAGAUACAGUAGCUGAUGAUGAUCAUGUUUGAACACAGCUGGAUUUGCUGAGUGAGACAGAAGGGUGGCAGGAGCUGGAAUCAAAAGUUCUGGUACCUGGCCUUCAUAAGAAGCCAUGAUCCCUCUGAUAACUGAGCAGCUACAGGAACAGAGUCUAGAGGAAUUGAAAUGCACAUCCUUCAACAUCAGCCUGGUCUGGAGUCCAUGGUGAACGUGUCUGGAAAUUAAUAAGUUAAAACAGCACAAAGUCACUGCAGGUGCAGCCAGGAACAGAACUCAUCUUUUCCAUACAGAAGUUUGAACACUGAGGUGUAGACUUCCAAGAAUGGGAUGUGGCCUAAUGAAGCUUUUGCAGGGAAGCCUUUGCCUGAUCAUGCUGAUGUGGCCAGCUGUGGCAGCCCCUUCCAGAUAGCGCCUGAGGGAGCUUCAUGGAGGGACCUGACUCCCUGUCCAAAGAUCCAUCUUCAGGACAACACAAGUCUUUACCAACACUCCAGCUUGAGCCUUCCUUUGCCCCACUGCAGCCCAGACGACAGCCCCCAAAACAGACUUGCAUCUCAAACCCUGGCCACCAGUUCACUAGUUUCAGAAAAGGCUUCUGUGCCUCCCACCAAAAGACACUGCCGCUCCCUUUCAGUGCCCGAAGACCUCUCCCGGUGGCAAGCUGUCUGGAGGCCCCUGGGGUCCAAAGUGUGGACGCAUAUCAAACGCCGGGACAACAGUGGAGGGGACACUUUGGCAGUGCAGCCCCAGAACGUGGUCCAGGGAGCCAACAGACUUUGCUUCAACCCCACCCCCAGUGCCUCUCAUCAGGGUGUUCAAGAUGGUGCUAGUGGUGGGAGGAGUCCACCUUUCUUCAGUUUGGCCCUAUCCCGAGAAUCGCCAGCAAGUGUACCAUGGGAGACCGGAGAGACUUUGCAGCCGUAUCCUCUGCAGCGACGUUUCUCCCUAUCGCCAGUCAGAUUUUUGCCCUCUCCACAAAGCUCUACCACCUCCACACCAGAGCUGCUCCGCCACCAGCAUAGCCUCCCUCGCAGCCGCUCACAGCCUUGUGAUUUGGACACCAGGAAAUGUGGUCUUAAGCGGCGCCAUGAUGAAGAUGUGAGGUGGCACAGGCCCUCACUUGAUUUCUACAAGAUGAAUCAGAAACCAUUUACAGGAGGUGCCUGUCAGUUAGACAGAUCUGAAGAAAGUGGCUAUCCAUCAUGGUUGUUGGACUGCAGUCCACAAGCACCCUCAGCUCCAUGCAGUCCCCUCAGCAAUUGCAUCCAGGUGCUUAGUGAAAGUGAAGAGGAGGAGGAGGAGGAAGAAGAGGAAUCAGCAGUACGAACAGCAAGGCAACUAAACUGGAAUUUAGCAAGUAAAAGAACACUCUUCCAGCCAGACUUUAGUGACCUGGAUCUAACAUUGAUUGAGGAGAACUAGGGGUUGGAUGUGUCUUUGAAAACUGACUUGAGACUAGCAGCCAUGUAAGGCUGCACUCCUGGAUGAGGGCCAGGGGAGUUGGGUGGGUUUAGGGGAAAAGUGGC